CGUUUAUCAGCAUUUUGAAAUUGCUCAUACUUUAUUUUUGACCAUACGUUAACUUUGUGGUGCAAGUGUGUGUUAAAUUCUCAGCAAUGCGGCUUGUAGACUCCUCAAAACUUUUGGAACUUCAAAACAAACCAUCUAAUAUUCGAAAUAUUUGUAUUGUGGCGCACGUGGACCAUGGGAAAACCACGCUGGCGGACUCCUUGAUAUCCAGUAACGGUAUUAUAUCCCAGAGGAUGUCAGGAAAGCUGCGUUACAUGGACAGUAGACCCGACGAACAGGAACGAGGUAUUACUAUGAAAAGCAGUAGUAUUGCUUUGUAUCAUGCAUUGGAGAACGAAGAAUACCUUGUGAACCUCAUAGAUUCUCCAGGGCAUAUUGAUUUCUCAAGCGAAGUAUCCACUGCCGUCAGAUUGUGCGAUGGAGCUAUUGUUGUUGUGGAUGUUGUAGAAGGUGUAUGCCCUCAAACCCGAUUGGCUCUCAAACAAGCUUAUUCUGAGAAUAUCCAAGCUGUUUUAGUAUUGAACAAGAUUGACCGCCUCAUAUUAGAAAUGCAGCUUACUCCGCUUGAUGCCUAUGUACAUUUAACACAAGUUAUGGAACAAGUUAAUGCUGUUAUGGGAGAGCUGUUUGCUACAAAAGUUUUUGAGAAUGAGACGAAGACUAUUGAAAAACAGCAGCUAGCCCAAGACCCAAAAGAAGACAACAAUUUUUAUGAUUGGACAUCAGCUUUGGAGGAUGCUGAUGAUUCCAAUUUAUAUUUUUCACCUGAGCACGGGAAUGUUGUAUUUGCUAGCGCUAUAGAUGGUUGGGGUCUCACUGUACACACUUUUGCAAAACUGUUCUCUGAUAAACUUGGAGUGAAAGAAGAAAUACUUAACAGAGUUUUAUGGGGCGACUUCUACCUAAAUUCAAAAACAAAACGUUUUAUGAGAGGUGCACAAGAAAAAGCCAAAAAACCACUUUUUGUGCAAGUCAUUCUUGACAACUUAUGGAAUGUAUAUGAAACAAUUGUAUUGAGAAAUGAAAAGGAAAAAGUUCCUGUUAUCUGUGAAAAGCUUGGAAUCAAGCUUACUACUAGAGAUCUUCGACACACAGAUAGCAGAAUUCAACUACAAUCUAUGAUGAUGCAAUGGCUACCUCUAUCCCAAACAGUAUUGAACAUGGUUUGCAAAAAGCUGCCUUCACCAAAAGAAAUUCAACCUGAAAAAGUUGAAAAACUAAUGUGUUCCAAAAUAAAAGAUUUUGAAUCUUUACAUCCUGAAACAUUAAAACUUAAAGAAGACUUCCUUGCCUGUGAUAGUAGCAAUGAUAGACCUUUGAUUAUUUUUAUAUCCAAGAUGUUUAGUGUUGAUAAAAGUGCGUUACCUGAGAACAAACCGAAAGCGUUGACCACUGAGGAAAUGGCUCGUCGAAGACAACGAGCUCGGCAACUGCGAGAAGUACAAAAGCAAACUAAUGAUAAUUCUGAACCUACAUCUGUACAUAAAGAAACACAAGAAAAUGUUAAUAAUGGUACAGAGAAAAAUGCUGAGGAUGAACAAGAAAAACAAGAUAAAGAACAACUAGCCUUUAUUGCUUUUGCAAGAGUGUUUAGUGGCAAAGUGAGGAAAGGUGACAAAGUUUAUGUGUUGGGUCCAAAACAUGAUCCGUCCAAAAUACUUAAUAUUAAAGACUUUGUAGUUAAUCCUGAUAAGAAACUGAAGGAUUUGCAAAGUGAUGAGCAUAUCACAUGUACAGAGAUCAAGUCACUUUACAUUUUAAUGGGCAGAGAAUUAGAAGACAUCGAUGAAGCAGUUGCUGGUAGUAUAAUUGGCAUCGGUGGUCUCGAGGACCACGUACUUAAAACGGCAACUCUAAGCAGUACAAUAGCCUGUCCUGCCUUCAGCGAGAUACAGCACACUGCUGUGCCUAUAUUAAGAGUAGCUAUUGAACCUACUUAUCCAUCGCAGAUGUCACAGCUGGUGAAAGGUUUAAAACUUCUGAAUCAAUCAGAUUCGUGUGUCCAAGUGUUGUUACAAGAAACUGGAGAGCAUGUGCUCGUCACUGCUGGUGAAGUCCAUCUGGAAAGAUGCCUUGAAGACUUGAAAAACCGUUACGCAAAAAUUCCAUUAACAGUAUCAGAACCCAUUGUACCAUUCCGUGAAACAAUAGUCGAACCACCCAAACUCGACAUGACGAAUGAAGAAAUAGCCUCGCAGAACAUCGAUGUUAUAUCAAAUAAGGAGGAAGAUCCUGUUAUAACAAUAUAUACUAACAAUAAACAAAGUAGAAUAAAAAUUAGAGCUAAACCUUUACCUAGUGAAAUCACAGCUCUAUUAGACGAAUCUACAGAUUUACUCAAAGCCAUAUCGCAAUAUAUAAAAACACUGCACGGUUUAACAAAGAAUGAUAAAUUAGAAAAUAAACUCGAAAAGCUGACUAUAAAUGGAAGGUUUCAGUUAUCGGAUCGUAUGUUGAAAUUAAUACAAACAUUUAAAGAUGAAUUGCAGAGCGUGUGUGAAAAAUUAAGCCCCGAAUGGAAGGAUAUUGUCAAUCAAAUAUGGUCUGUAGGACCUAGGAAUUGUGGUCCUAAUUUAUUGUUAAAUCAAACUACGGAUUAUUAUACUAAAUAUUUGCACCAUGAGAAAGAGAUAAUGGAAGAUCCAAGGUUUGAAUACGAAGGAAGUUUUGUAAAUGGUUUUCAAUUGGCUACCUUGGCUGGACCACUUUGCGAGGAGCCUAUGAUGGGUGUGGCAUUCUGUGUUGAGGAAUGGACACUGGAUAAGUGCGAGGGAGACGAGGUGGGCCAUACUUUUGGACCGUUGUCAGGUCAAAUAAUGUCAGCAGUCAAGGAAGGAUGCAGGAAAGCGUUCCAGGUUCAGCCUCAGCGGUUGAUGGCCGCCAUGUACUCCUGCGACAUUGUCGUCGACCAAAAAGUAUUAGGUAAACUAUACGCUUCACUGGGCCGACGCGGUGGCCGCGUCGUAGCGAGCGAUCUGCAGAGCGGCUCGGCAUCAUUCAGAGUCCGAGCGCUCCUCCCCGUAGCAGAGAGCUUCAAGUUCGCUUUGGAACUGCGUACACACACGUCCGGAUUGGCCGCCCCCCAACUCAUGUUCAGCCAUUGGGAGGUAAUAGAUAUCGAUCCAUUCUGGAGGCCUCGUACCGAGGAAGAACUUCUUCACUGGGGAGAGAAAUGGGACGGAGUGAACCGCGCUAAAGCAUACAUGGACUCGGUGCGCGCGCGCAAGGGCCUCGCCACUGAUAAACAACUCGUGCAACACGCUGAGAAGCAGAGAACGCUUUCUAAGAACAAGUAGAAUUUGAAUAAUCAUCACCGGAGAAACUCCACUGCUGAACAUAGGGCUCCCAAAAGAUUCUUAAAAUAAAGCCUGUAUACACUGCGUUCAAUUCGCGUUUGAUUAUCAACUCAGAGAACUAUGUGGCUUGGCUGUGUUCAUUCUUGGUAUAAAACAUCUACUGUUUACUGUAUUUAUGAAAUACAUAAUAUUUCAUAGUAUAAUAUCGACUCAAAAAAUAUAUAAAAUCAUUUUUAUAUUGAUUGCUUUUCCAAUAAAAGUCGAUGAGAACGUGACCUGUCCUAAUAAGUGGUUGUUUACGGGAAGGCUGACAGUUUACAUUACCCAUAUUACGUAAUUUUAAAGGAAUUUUGUUUUCUAUACGUUAAUGUUGAAAUCAGUACUAACGCCUCCAUUUUUCGGUCCAA